AUGCCCUCGUGUCCCCCCCCAUCCAGCUUUGCCUUUGGGGCCACGGAGAGGGGUCUUCUGCAGGAGUUGGUGUCCGUUGGCAUCGGGGACAACCGGACGGGGGAGAUGAUCGUCCUGGGCCAUGUGAAGCACAAAGGGGACGCACCACCUGCCCCCCACCCCCCCGGGAGAGACAACGCCGCCGCCGUGCCCCCCCGUGGCAAGCCCUGCGUGGCCCCCGUGCCCACCCUGCGCCCACCGGGACCCUCCCUGCCACCCGGACCCCCCCCGGGGACCCCCCCGGCGGCCGGCAGACCGGCAGCGGGGAGGAAGCCGGUGCCGAAGGGAAUGGCGGUGGCUUUGGGGCUGAAUUCGGUGAAAAUCCACUGCCAGAACGAAGCUGUCUACCAGUACCACGUCACCUUCAGCCCCGAGGUGGAGUGCAGGAGCACCCGCUUCGCCAUGCUGAAGCAGCACCGGGCGGUGACAGGGGACGUGACUGCUUUUGAUGGCUCCAUCCUCUACCUGCCCAUCCUGCUCCCCCAGCCCGUCAGCGUGAAGGCUGAGAGGAAGAGCGACGGGGAGGAGAUCACCAUCACCAUCCAGAUCACCAAAGUCCUGGAGCCCAGCUCAGAUCUCUGCAUCCCCUUUUACAACGUGGUUUUCCGGAGGGUGAUGAGAAUCUUAGAUAUGAACCUGGUGGGGAGAAAUUUCUUUGAACCUGCCCAGGCCACCAUCAUCCAGCAUUACAGGCUGCAGAUUUGGCCAGGAUACUCGGUCAGCAUCCGGAAAAAGGACGGUGGCCUCUUCCUCUUGGUGGACCCCAUCCACAAAGUCAUCCGCAGCGAUUCCGUCCUGAAUUUCAUGCACAGCAUCUACAAGCAAAGCCUUGGCAGCUUCCAGGACGAGUGCACCAAGCAGCUGGUGGGCAACGUGGUCAUCACCCGCUACAACAACCGCACCUACCGCAUCGACGACAUCGACUGGAACAAGACCCCCAGGGACAGCUUCACCCUGGCCAGCGGCCAGGAGAUCACCUUCGUGGACUACUACAGUAAAACCUACGGGAUCACCAUCAGGGAGCUGGACCAGCCACUGCUCAUCCACAGGCCCAAGGAAAAACAGACACCAGAGGGGAAGCGCCGGUUGGACAUGGUGAUGCUCGUGCCAGAGCUCACCUUCAUGACUGGGAUCCCCGACACCAAGAAGAACAGUCGAAUGGUGAAGGACGUGAUGAGGGAGAUGCUGCAGAGCCCCAGGCAGCACUACCAACGUCUCACCAGCCUCCUGCGCAGGAUCAAGGACAACCCGGAGGCCUCGGGGGAGCUGAUGCGCUGGGGGCUCACCCUGGACCCAGAUAUCUACAGGACCCAGGGCCAAAUCCUGCCCAUGGAGAGGGUCAACCUGCGGCGCAGCUCCUUCGUGCCCACCGAGGACCUGAACUGGAACAAGGAGGUCACCAGAGAAGCUUCCAUCUCCACGGUCGCCAUGAAUUACUGGCUGCUGGUUUACCCCAAGCGCCUGCAGGACCUGGCCAAGGAUCUGGUGGCCUCCAUGGAGAGCGUCUGUGGUCCCAUGGGGAUGCACAUCAGCCGGCCAGCCUUGGUGGAGCUGAAGGACGACCGCAUCGAGACCUACGCCAAGACCAUCCGAAGCGUUUUGGGCACUGAGGAAAGGGUGCAGCUUGUCCUCUGCAUCAUCUCCAGCAGCCGGGAGGACUUGUACACGGCCAUCAAGAAGCUCUGCUGCGUGCAGACCCCAGUGCCCUCCCAGGUCAUCAACGCGCAGUCCCUCAUGGGCCAGGCGGGCAAGAUGAGGAGUGUGGUCCAGAAAGUCCUGCUGCAAAUAAACUGCAAGAUGGGGGGCGAGCUCUGGGGGGUGGACAUCCCCCUGAAACAGCUGAUGGUCAUCGGGAUGGAUGUCUACCACUGCCACAGCAAAGGCAUGCGCUCCGUCAUCGGCUUCGUGGCCAGCAUGAACCACGUCCUCACCAAGUGGUACUCCAGGGUGGUCUUCCAGAUGCCCCACCAGGAGAUCGCCGACAGCCUGCGGCUCUGCCUGGCCGAUGCCCUCCAGCAUUUCCACGAGAUGAACCACUGCUUGCCCAAGAAGAUCGUGGUGUACCGGGACGGCGUGUCGGACAGCCAGCUCGACACCGUGCUCAAGUAUGAAAUCCCCCAAAUGCAGAAAUGUUUUGAUACCUUUGAGAACUACCAGCCCACCAUGGUGGUGGUGGUGGUCCAGAAGCAACUCAGCACCAAUUUCUACGCCCUGACGGCGGAACAAUUCAGCUCCCCUCCUCCGGGCACCGUCGUCGACCACACGGUCACCAGUUCGGACUGGGAGGAUUUCUUUCUGGUGGCCCAUUCCUCUCGCCAGGGCUGCAGCAUCCCCACGCGCUACGUCUGUGUGCUGAACACGGCCAACCUCAGCUGCGAGCACCUGCAGAGGUUGACCUUCAAGCUUUGUCACCUCUACUGGAACUGGCCGGGCACCAUCCGCGUCCCCGCUCCCUGCAAAUACGCUCACAAGUUGGCAUUUCUUUCGGGGCAAAUCCUGCACCACGAGCCCAGCGCCCAGCUCUGUGACAAACUCUUCUUCCUAUAGCUGGGGGGAUGUGGAAAAAAACCAAAAGAAAAAAGAAAAAAUUAAAAAAAACCAAAAGAGCUCAUUUUUGGGGUUCAGCUCCCCCAACCGCUGCUGGUAAAAUCUGCAAAAGGGACUUCCUUUCCUUAAUUUUUUAUUGUUUUAUUUAUUUGUUUCUGCACGUGGUUUUUUUUUUAUUUUAUUGGUUUAAAAGGCUGCUCAGAAGCAUCCUGCAGGGCCCCAGAACAAUGGACUUUUGGGAUUUAUCUCCAUGGGAAUGAAAUUGCAGCAUAAACCCCAUCGCUCUGGGGCCCUCCCAGUCUCUCCCCACUGGUUUCCAGUCCUCCCAGCAAAGGGGUUGGAAUAAACGAGCCCCAGAGGUGAGGCUGCUCCCCCAGCGCAGGCUCCAGCUCCUCCCUCCCCAUCCCAGGGGGGUGCUGGAUGCAAAACUCAACGAUUUCUGGGAUUUAUUAUAUUUUUCCCCCAAAAUUUCUCCCAUCAUCCCCAAUCGAGGCAGCCGCCCAGUUAGAAUUUUAUUUACUUUUCUGAGUUCUCGUUUAAAAAACCCAGCUCCAGUUCAGCUGGUUGUUCUGUCACUGGUUUUCCGAGGAGAAAUCCUUAUUAUUUCUAAUUUUUUUUAUUAUUUUGUCGGGCUGGUAAGAAAGUGGGGCCGUAGCCCAAGGGAAAGCACAUGAGUUUUGAGCUAUUUCAGGUGUUUUCUUGCUGUGGCCACGAGAUGUUUGAGCCCUUUGCGUUUGAAACUGUUGAGGGGGGGCAAGAGCACCCCCAAAAUCACCUGGAUUUCACCUCCUGCCUCCCACCCCCCUUCCUUGUGCAAACACCAGCAGGGAUGGGGGUACAGCAGGAGCCUUUUCCUUCCCCCCUCAACC